AUGGCGACCAAUAAGGACCAGUUAGCUUACUUGGGAACCACGACGGUCUUCGAGACGAAAGAUGUUACUAUCCCUGAAUAUAAUCAGAACGCGGGCCACGACAGUAAUGUAAUCGAGGAGAUACAGCUAGAUCUAGCAGCUGCCCAGGCUAAGUUUGGCAAGGAAACUGUCAACGCUAAGGACGUUGAUUUCUCGGACAAUGUAAUGAAGACACAUACCAGUGGUUACGGUAUAGGACAGGUGCAGUACGAGUUAUUGUCCUGUACAACCAACGAGACUCCCCUUCAGAGGUACCAGAGAUUAAAAUUGGAGAUAUCGGAGUUCUCGGCGGAUCUUGAGAAACUCAAGACUGAAGAUGUGGAGAACACCAACAAUGUGAAACUCGCUGAAGAGGUACGGAAACUAUCGAACAACCUCAGCGAGAUGAAAGUUGAGCAAAUGGUCGGAAAUUUGAAACUUAAAGAACCAGGCCAUGCAGUCCUCACAAAGCAACUGGAAUCCCAGAUAUCAACCUUCAAAGAGAAGUCCGCAAAGGAGGGUGCCAGCGCGGGUUCCCUCACCUAUGAAGUGCACUACCGGGGGGACCAUGCAAAGUUUGCUGAGGCUGCCAAGUUGGCGUCCCUUGAGAAAAGGAUUGCUGAUAUGGAAAAGAACAUGGGAAAAGAUCUCAAACUCUUGAGUACGAUAUCAGCCGACUCCUCCGAGAAGAGUGUAAUGGGUGCCAUUAACAAUAUCCAGACAAAGCUUUCUCUUAUUGAGCCAAGUGAUUACACCCACAUUGAUACGAGACUUCAGGCUGUUCUUCACAAGAUGGAUCACCUUAAGUCUAAAGCUAAGGACAUUCCUGAGACUAACAACAAGGUUUCGGAAGUGUUUGACACAGUUAGAAAGAUAGAGCCAGUAAUAUCGACUCUUCCAAACAUUGUUGAUAGACUGACAGCUCUCAAAGUUCUUCAUGAACAAGCUGCCCAAUUCGCCAGUAACCUGACAACUCUUGAAACUACCCAAGCAAAUGUAACCAAGAACCUUGCUAACCAAGGUGCUCUCGUUAAGAAGGUUGAAGACAACAUCGCUGAAAAUCUGAAGCAAAUCUCCGAAAACUGUGCGAACGUAAACGCUAGGAUCGAUAAGAUUGCCGCAAAGGCAACUCCCAAGAGGGGCAAGAAAUGAUUUAUCUAGUUGAACUUCGACUGGAACAAUAUUAUCGUGUUUGACUUGAUUAUUUGUGAACAACUUGUAAUCGUUGUUUUGUGUAUUUGCUAUGUAUAUAGAACAAUAGGGCUAUUGUAUUGCAGAAGCGA